GUUGGUGUACACCAUAUAAACAGGUUUUCAUUAGAUGAUUUAAAUUUUGGAAACGUAUUAACUAUUCAUUAACCCUCCAAUUCAUAGUCAAUAAAUUUUUCGGUGCUGCGAUACGUAUCAAGACACAUGGUUUUGUUAGAUUGAAUAAGUGGAUGUUUCUAAUAAGAAUUAAUAGAUAUUAAUAAUGGGACUUUAUAGCUGGGUAGCACAGUCGAAACUUAGACUAUAAUGACAAAUGCUCUACAGAAUCUUUUAACGUAGCCAUCCACGUUAUAUUUAUGUAUCACUGUACUUAGUCUUUCACACCAAAAUAAAUGCACAAGAGUAUGUUUUGAGUCCUGUUUUAUGCUGUGAUAUUCUGGAUGACUUUUUAGUGCUUUUCCCGAUUGUUUUGUUUCUCCUACUUGUUAGAUGAGUUUAGGUCAGGUUACCUAAGGGAAACCCUCUUUUUUGUUAACACCAAAGCUCUUGUGGUUAGACAAGUGAAUGAGACAUGCCUAAAUGUGGCUUUCUUUAUUGUCUGAUGGAGGAGCACUUGCAAUAUAUAUAUAUAUAUAUAGUGAGAGAGAGAGAGAGCACUCCAUAUGUGGAAACAAGGACAAUUAAAAGGUGUUAAAGGUGUCCAGGUAGAGGAACUAUGGAGCUUAGAUGCAGAACAGUUUGACAAUUUGAUGCCUAUCCAUGGGUUGAUUUUCUUGUUUAAAUGGGUUCAAGAUGAUGAACCAACAGGGUCUGUUGUUCAAGACACCCGGCUUGAUAAAAUAUUUUUUGCCAAACAGGUCAUCAAUAAUGCCUGUGCUACUCAAGCAAUCCUUAGUAUUUUAUUAAAUUGCAAACACCCAGAUUUAACUCUGGGCCCAACUCUUACAGAAUUUAAAGAGUUCUGCCAAAGCUUUGAUGCUAAUAUGAAAGGACUUGCACUGAGCAACUCUCAGACCAUACGUUCUGUUCACAAUUCAUUUGCCCGGCAGACACUUUUUGAAUUUGAAUCUAAAUUGGCUUCCAAGGAUGAUGAUGUAUACCACUUUGUUGGUUACAUUCCUAUAGAUGGACGGUUAUAUGAAUUAGAUGGACUUAAAGAAGGCCCAAUUGAUCUUGGUGCAGUUACUGCAGAUGCAGACUGGUUGGGUAUUGUCCGUCCCAUUAUUGAAAAAAGGAUAAAGAAGUAUAAUGAUGGAGAAAUACAUUUCAAUCUAAUGGCAAUUGUAUCUGACCGAAAAAUGACUUAUGAGAAGAAAAUUACACAAAUUCAGAAACAAGUGGAGGAGAGUGGCAUGGAAACUGAUAUUCAGCAAACUGAAAUCUCCAGGCUACGUUUACUGAUUGAAGAGGAAGAACUGAAAACUAAACAGUACCAGAUGGAAAAUAUCCGAAGGAAACAUAACUAUCUCCCACUCAUUGUAGAGAUUUUAAAAAUUCUUGCUAAAGAAGGACAACUCCUGCCUCUUUAUGAGAAAGCAAAGGAAAGAGCUGUGGAAAAAGAAACCAAGAGAGAAGAAGCAAAGGCAUGAAAGCGCUUGUGUUAUUACAUACAUCAUAAGACAUGCAGAUGCCACAAAGAUACUGAAUUUAUUAUUUGUUUCGUUCACAAGUCAUAAUAUAAAUGAGCCAUUCUUUAUCCUGAGAUGUGAUGGGAAGAUAAACUAUUCAGUUUUAUUUUGUCAUGAAACAACACCAAUGUACUGAAUGUUUGAAAUCAGUAAAAGUGAGGCUUUUAGUUCUCUAACCUUUAUGUAUGCUGUCUUGUUAAUCCAGAUACCAAUAAGUGAUAUGAUUUGUGCUAAAAAUCAUUCUUGGCAGUGUCCAAGUUAACUUCAGUAGCUUAAACUUGAAAAAAAUGUCUAUGGAAAUUUUUUCUAAUAAUGAAUUAAUGAAGGUACUAGAUGAAUCUGAAAUGGAGUAGCUCAGUCAGUAUAAUAUCUGACUACAGACUGGAUGACCAGGGUUCAAUCCUUGGUAGGGACAAGGAAGUUUUCUUCCAGACUGAGUCUGGGAUCCACUCAGCCUUCUAACGAGUUGAUUGAUAUCAGGGUAAAGUGCAACCAGGGCAUGUUGCUUGUCACACACCUCCAUGUAACACUGAAGUUAAAAAUGAGAAAGAGCUUAUCUCCCUCCCUGCCAGCACCUCCACGGCAUGUAUUGGAGGCAGCUUUACUUUUUUAGUGGGUGAAUCUUAUGAUCUGUAUGUUUCAUCAAACAGAUGCCAUUUAGGUAUCUAAUAAAAUGAGUUAUCUUGUCAAAACCUAAUAAAUACAAACUGAAAUG